GGAGUGAACCUCUUGAGAGUCUGAUUGAUUCUUUUGUUGUCUGGCGACUCUUUGAUCCACCUGCCCACACUGACAGUCCAAAGAUGGCCCAGCUAAAUUCGACGCAAUGGCGGGCCUUGUUAGAUGCAGCCGGUGAUGCUGAGAAACCACAUCUGCAAGCACUCUUGGAUGGUGCUAUAAAACGGGAACAGGAGUCAGAGAAGGAGAGGAAGGAGGCCUUGCUGAGAAGGCAAGUAGCCCUCCUAGAGACUGCUCCCUCACUGACUGAAGAGCAGUGCGGGGAACAACUACAGUCCAUCCUCACAGCCUUUGUUCAAAUCAGGAAUCUCGAGGACCAUACCACUCAGAUCGUUGAAGUCUUUGCAAAACUGCAGACACUUCAAGAUGAUCUGACUGAGAUGACCCUCAAGUACCAUGAACUGACGAAGGAGGUGGCGGAUCUGCGACAAGCCCAAGUGGCCAACCCUCUUCCUCUACCUCAUGGAACUGAACCUGCAAUCGAAACUACCUCUGCCCCUCUUACUGUGUCUUCUUCUACCUCAUCUUCGAGGGUGAUGGCAACUCCUUCAGGACCUGCAGCAGGUGCAGAUUCCACUGUUGCUGUAACAAGCAAUGAGGCUGGAACUUCUGCAAUUGCUGCAGCCCCAAGACCGGAACCAGCUGCUGUUGGUCCCAGCCACGCCAGUCCCUAUGUGGACCGGAAUAUGGGUAUGAAUGUCGAGCCAGUCGUACGGGGCUUCCUAGAAGUCCAAGCAACGCCGACUGGGUUUCAAAAGUCUGCAUUAGCCAAAUGGCUAAGGUCCACCCCGGUUGCCUCCCUCGAAGAACUCCUUAUCUUAGAAUACCAAGAUCCACAUGUUGCUGCUAAAGCGAGGAUUCAACUGGAUAAAGUAAAGCACAACAAGUGGAAUGGCUCCAUGAAAAGCCUGCAGACCCAUCUAAGCAAGUUGUUUGCCACUCCUGGUUUGGAACUGUCCACGCAAUCUUGCUUAGAUGUGGUCAAGGGCGCGGUUCCAACUAACUUCACUAGUCGCCUGGGCAGGGACUACAUUGCUUAUACUAACUGGCUUGCCUUAAUGAAGGAUGUAGUCAGUCUGGAGGCCAUGGACCUCGUUAGCACGGCAGGCAGCAAAAAACCCAUGGGCGGCAGACGGUUCAAGGGCAACAACCGUUUUGCUGUGCAUGACCUGCUGGAGGCCGAAGAAGAAACCGAUGCGGAUGACCCCACUCUUGGUGACGACCAAGGACAGGACUCCGAUACAGCUUAUUCGGUCGUCUCUAUACGCAACCUGCGACCGGACUUUGGUGAUCCCUUUGCUGAUUCCCCACCCCCACUUGUCCCGUCAGACAUUCAAGCCCUCCUCGAUCGGUUUCCGGAAGUCUUGGCUGAGCCACGUGGAGUCCCCACGCGACCAGUCCGACACACCAUCGAAUUGGUCGAGGGUGCAUUUCCUCCAAAGGGCUGCGUGUACCGUAUGGGACCCAGCAAGUUGGAGGAACUCCGACGGCAGAUCGAUGAGAUGAUUGAUAAAGGGUGGAUCAAACCAAGCGAAUCUGAAUUUGGUGCUUCCGUGUUGUUUGUGCCAAAGAAAGGAGGCAAACUCCGCACGUGUAUUGACUAUCGUGGUCUAAACCGCAUCACAAGAAAGAAUGCUUACGAAUUGCCUCGUAUAGAUGACUUGGUUGAUGCUGCAGGCGGGUGCAAGGUCUUCUCCAAGAUCGAUCUCAAGUCUAGCUACCACCAGAUUGAAGUCGAUCCUGCGGACCAGCACAAGACUGCGUUCAAGACGCGMGAUGGGCUUUAUGAGUUUACSGUAAUGCCCUUCGGUCUUACGAACGCACCAGCCACGUUCCAAAGCCUCAUGGACAAGGUCCUCCGCGAACAGAUUGGCCGGUUCGUGGUAGUGUACCUGGACGAUAUCCUGAUUUUCAGCAAGUCCAUGGAGGAACACCUCAAACAUCUUGAGGAGGUGCUUGCUGUCCUCAAGAAGACGCAGCUCCAUCUCAACUUGGAGAAAUCUGAGUUUGGGAAGGAUAGCGUCAUCUACCUUGGGCACCGGUUGUCUGCUGCAGGCUUAGAGCCUGAGGCAACCAAGAUUGAGGUCAUACGCGAUUGGCCUCAGCCUGUGAACAUUCGAGAAUUGCGUUCUUUUCUUGGACUCUCGUCGUACUAUUGGAAGUUUGUACCCCGUUUCUCCAUCAUUGCUCGUCCAUUGUCGCGACUAACCAGCGAGAAUGUGUCUUAUGCCUGGGAUGCCGCGUGUACGGAAGCUUUUCGGACUCUCAAGGAAGCCUUGGUAAGUUACCCGGUACUCCGCAUUGCAGACCCCAAACUGACCUUCGUAGUCACUACGGAUGCAAGUCAGUAUGGGAUCGGUGCGGUGCUGCAACAAGAUGACGGCGAUGGCCUGCGGCCACUUGAGUACUACAACAAACGCAUGCCCAGCGUAAAGGUAGCCACGUCCACCUACAUGCGCGAGCUCUACGCUUUGUGCAUGGCGUUGGAUCACUGGAAACAUUACCUUUUGGGACGCCACUUCAAAGUGUUCUCAGAUCAUGAGACCUUGAAGUGGAUCAAAAUGCAGACUACUCUGUCCCCUACCUUACUUCGCUGGUUUCAUGAGAUUGACAUCUUUGAUUUUGAAUUGAGACAUAAAAAGGGUUGUUACAAUCGAGCCGCUGACGCUUUGUCUCGCCACCCUGAGUACAUGACUUGCCUUGUGAAAUCCUACGACCUCCGGAAGAAAUUGAAGGAGGACCUCGUAGAGCAGACAGCCAAGGAUCCGAAACUCAGUUCCAUCCUUGAGCAGUUGCGGGCUGAUCCUAGUAGUCAGCCUGAUUUCCACGAGUAUGGAGGACUGAUUUUUCGCCGAUACGGGAACCAUGACCGUUUGUGUGUGCCCAACCACGAGCCUCUCCGCACGCACUUUCUGGACUUGGCUCAUGGCCGGAGCGGGCACUUCGGCAUGGCAAAAACGUACGCUAACCUGCUGAGACAGUUUGAUUGGCCUGGUAUGAAAGGGACUGCUGAGAAGUUUAUAGCUGAAUGUCAAGUCUGUCAACGAAUCAAACCAUGCAGACAAAAGCCCAUGGGGCUACUCACACCCCUACCCAUUCCUGAUGGUCCCGAAGAGUCCGUCUCCAUCGAUUUCACUGACAUGGGUAAGGUAAGCAAGAACGGGUUUUCACAAGUCAUUGUGAUUGUUGACCGGUUUUCAAAGUUUCUCAAUCUGAUUCCUCUACCGCCUCACGCCCCAACAGAUCCAGUGAUUCGCGAAUUCCAGCAGAAAUACCUGCUGCAAUUCGGAACCCCGAAGACUCUUGUGAGCGAUCGGGACCCGCGUUUCAUUAGCGCUGAAUGGAAGGAGUUCACGUCCCAUCUAGGAAUCAAAUUGUGCAUGACAUCUGGCCGACACCCCGAAGCCAACGGUUUGGCUGAGGAGAUCAACCAGACUGUAUUCCAACUACUCCGUGCUUUGAUCAUUCCUGAUCAGGAAACAUGGGAUGAGGAGCUGUAUUCUGUCAAGGGGUUGCCCGGCUUCAGGGCUAAGUAUGAUCGCUUGCUCAAAGUUGCUGUUGCAGCGAUAACCAAGCGACAGCAUGCCAUGAUUCAUCAUGCGAACAAGAAGCGCAAACCAUUGGAGAUUCAGGUGGGAAGUUAUGUCUGGGUAAAGAUUUCUGAGUUCUCAGAGGAGGAGGGAGUCUCACGCAAACUCCUCCCACUCUACUGCGGGCCUUGGGAAGUUUUCGAUGUAAUCGGGGAAGAUCACUUUGGCCCUUCGUACGCUGUGGACGUGCCUGCUCACCUGCGCACAUAUCCCGUGUUUCACACAUCUAAACUGAAUCUCCAUCGUGAUGCCGAGACAUUCGAUUAUCGUGAAGAUAUGAUCCCUCGCGCAAUCAAGGGCGGGCAAGAGAUAGAUAGGAUCAAACAGCAUGUAGGUAAAGGGAGAAACAGACAGUACCAGGUUCAUUUCAUGUAUCACCCGUUAGAUGACCUCUACUGGAUUUCCAAGCAGGAACUGCUACGCAGCGCACCACGCGUUGUCAAGGCUUACGAGCGACAGAUCGCCGUUAACGCCUCACCGAAGAUCGCAGCAAGGCUCUCUGCAACAGAGUAUUCUAGGAAUCUAUUUGCCUUGCUCGCCUACGACGCGUUUGCCGAGGACUCAGAAUGAGUUACUCGCUCGAAGGGACCUCGCUCUUGAGGGGGGGGUAGUGUGAUAAACCGUCCGAACACGG